UAACCUCAUAAUUUGUGACGUCAUCAGGUUGGAGGUGACCAUGGCUUACUUGCUAAGAAACUCAAGAAAGGCCCUGGGUGGACUAUCAUGUUCCACAAGAUUCAUCCAUGCCUCUCCAGUGGCAGCCCAAAAGAUGACCGAUUGGGUUAAGUGGCUGACAUUUACUCCAAGGGUUGCUAUGAGCUUGUUAGAGCCAGAUCAGCACAUUGAUUAUGACAAAAUAUCUAGUAGAGUGGAAGUUGUGAAAAAGAAGCUUGGAAGACCUUUAACUCUAUCAGAAAAGAUCCUCUAUGGCCACUUAGAUGAUCCACAGAAGCAGGAUAUUGUCCGUGGUCAGAGUUACCUAAAGCUGCGUCCUGACAGAGUAGCUAUGCAAGAUGCCACUGCUCAGAUGGCCCUGCUGCAGUUCAUAUCAAGUGGCUUGCCUCGUGUAGCUGUCCCCUCCACGGUCCACUGUGACCAUCUGAUCGAGGCACAGUUGGGCGGCGAGAAGGAUCUGGCUCGAGCCAUCGAUGUGAACCGAGAGGUGUAUGACUUCCUAUCCACAGUGAGUGCUAAGUAUGGAGUUGGCUUCUGGAAACCUGGCAGCGGCAUCAUCCACCAGAUUAUUUUGGAAAACUAUGCGUUCCCUGGUGCUUUGAUCAUUGGCACUGACAGUCACACACCGAAUGGAGGUGGUCUGGGAGGCCUGUGUAUUGGAGUGGGAGGGGCAGACGCUGUAGAUGUCAUGGCUGAUAUACCCUGGGAGCUCAAGUGCCCUAAGGUGAUUGGUGUAAACCUGACAGGUAAAAUGAGUGGCUGGACCUCUCCCAAGGAUGUGAUCCUCAAGGUGGCUGGCAUCCUCACAGUGAAGGGAGGCACAGGGGCCAUUGUGGAGUACUAUGGACCCGGUGUAGACUCCAUCUCAUGUACUGGCAUGGGUACAAUCUGCAACAUGGGAGCUGAAAUUGGAGCCACAACCUCAGUAUUCCCAUACAACUACAGGAUGCAGGACUACCUGAAAGCCACAAACAGAAAGGAUAUAGCGGAUGCUGCCAACUCGUACAAGAACCUUUUGUCUGCAGAUAAGGGAGCUAAAUAUGACCAGAUAAUUGACAUCAAUCUCGAUACUCUGGAGCCAAGUGUGAACGGUCCAUUCACUCCAGACCUGUACAACCCCAUAUCCAAACUGAAGAAGACUGCACAAGAGAAAGGCUGGCCACUUGAUAUAAGAGUCGGUCUGAUAGGCAGCUGCACUAACAGCAGUUAUGAGGACAUGAGUCGCUCUGCCAGUAUUGCCAAACAGGCGCUUGCCAAGGGUAUCAAGGCCAAGUCAGCAUUCACCAUUACACCAGGCUCAGAACAGAUCAGGGCAACAAUAGAAAGAGAUGGACAGGCCGCAGCUUUGAGAGACAUUGGUGGUGUUGUACUCGCCAAUGCUUGUGGGCCAUGUAUUGGUCAGUGGGACCGGAAAGACGUAAAGAAAGGAGAAAAGAACACAAUUGUGACUUCCUAUAACAGGAAUUUCACUGGAAGGAAUGAUGCUAACCCUGCAACACACGCUUUCGUCACAUCGCCGGAGCUUGUCACAGCCAUGGCUAUCUCAGGAGAGCUUGGAUUCAACCCAGAGACUGAUGAACUUACUGCUGCCGAUGGAAGCAAAUUCAAACUGAACAGCCCGUAUGGUGAUGAGCUCCCAGCUAAAGGUUUCGACCCAGGAAUGAACACCUUCCAGGCCCCACCCAAAGACAGCAGCAAGGUGUCCGUGAAGGUGGAUCCUAAAAGCAACAGGCUGCAGCUACUUUCUCCCUUCGAAAAGUGGGACGGAAAAGACCUCGUAGACAUGCCAAUCCUUAUCAAGGCCAAGGGCAAGUGUACAACUGAUCACAUCAGUGCGGCUGGCCAGUGGUUAAAAUACAGAGGGCACCUAGACAACAUCUCAAACAAUCUGUUGAUUGGAGCUGUGAAUGCUGACAAUGGAGAAAUUAAUAAAGUAAAGAAUCAGUUGACUGGAGAGUAUGGGACAGUGCCCGACACUGGCCGCUACUACAAGUCUAAGAAAACUCCAUGGGUGGUCGUUGGAGAUGAGAACUACGGUGAAGGCAGCAGCAGAGAACACGCUGCACUGGAGCCCAGGCAUCUGGGAGGCAGGGCCAUCAUUGUCAAAAGUUUUGCACGAAUUCAUGAAACAAACUUAAAGAAGCAAGGUUUACUUCCCCUGACAUUUGCCAACGCAAGCGACUAUGAUAAAAUACAGCCAUCAGACAGGGUCUCUCUGUUGGGCCUCAAGGAUUUGGCACCCGGCAAGCCCGUCACCUGUGAGAUCAAGCAUGCCAAUGGUCAAAAGGAGCAGAUAACUCUGAAUCACACAAUGAACGAGGGUCAGAUAGAGUGGUUCCGUGCUGGAUCUGCUCUCAACAGAAUGGCAGAACUUAAAAAGAAGUGAAAGACUUAACCUUAUAACAGAUAUAAAACGAUUGUGACAUGUUUAUUCAGAUUUUGUGUUAUCAAAUAUACAUACACUGAUCUUUUCCUAGUGUGAUUAAUUUUUUCUUAUUACAAAUACAAUGGUAAGUUGUUGGUUUUUGUUCAUACCUCUGUUUUGCUUAUUUUUUUGUCUAAUAGAGAAAAGUUCUGGAUGUAUUCUUGAGUGAAAUGUAAUCAAAUAAGUAUUUGAUUCUCCUCAGGUGGCUUUAUUGUAAUAAAAUUUUGUGCUGUAAAUAAAGUAUUUAUAACUUUGGAAUGUGAUAAAGCUAACAUAAUGUAAUGUAUUAUACAAUUUUUAGUCACAAGCUCGUCAAUGCAUUUUUUGUUGCAAAUUUUGAAUGAAAAUAAAUUAAAUUUAUAUGUU